CGUGAACUCCCUGGCAACGAAAGAUAGCUACAGUCAGGACAUAGCAGGUCGCGUCAGGCUUGGACUCAGCCAAACUUUACGGUUUUAUAAUCCCCAGCUCAGCAUCGUCCUGGCGCUACACCCGACUUCACUAUGGUAAAACUAGAAGAUGUGAACAGCAGCCUGCUGCAGAAGCCAUCCGAUGCAAGUGAUGGAGAGGUCCCACUAGAGAGGAGGCAAUCAAGCUAUAAAUCGCUCAAGACGUUUACAUUAGACAAGGACAAACAAUACCAACAGCAGUAUGGGGACAUGUACUUCCUCAGACUCACCAAGAUCAAGCCUGCAGUGGAGCAGAUAGCAUCCGCCGCCUUUGGUGACCUGAUAAUUGGUGGCGAGCCCGCCAGGCAGGUGCCUCGUGUGCUUGACGUCAGGCAAGGAGAGCUCUGCUGGGUGGCGGGCACCGUCUACAUGGACAUGCCCCUCAAGCCUAGCAUUUUGGAGGACGUAGCCAAAGAUCGUUGGAUAUCUGCACCCACAUCAGUUCAAAAGUACUUCUCAGAAGAUGGUCGUGACUCGAUUCUUCUCGAGGAUGAUUCGGGACGCGUGCGUCUGGUCGGGGAGAUUCUCAGUUCCGUUGUCUUGGUGACAGGCUGCAUCAUUGCCGUGAUGGGCACCGAGAAUGCAAGUGGCGAGUUUGAGGUUAUAGAUCUCAAAUUUCCCGACCUUGCACCUCAGCCUGAACGAUGGUCCCUGUCAAAACCGGCCGACGAAGACGUGGAGAUGGGUGACGGUAGCUCCUCUAGUAACCGAGGCAAAACUGCCAUAGUAUCAGGCCUCAACUUUUCAAGUACGGAUACUUCGUAUGCUAUGGAGCUGAACAUACUUCUGGAAUAUCUCCUUGGCGAUGCACUUGACUCAGUCGCCCAAAAGGAUAUAUCGCAGAUUAGUCGCCUCAUUGUGGCAGGUGACUCGAUCUCACCAGAUAGUGGCAAGGCUGCAGCCGAUGAGGAAGCGCCAGGGAAAAAAACACACAAGAAGUACGGCUACGAUGCCAGUUCAUACAACCCGAUACCCUCGCAGCUGCUUGACGAGUUCCUUUCGGAGUUGCUGCCGACGAUACCCGUCACCUUCCUCCCCGGAGCCCAUGAUCCCGCCAACGCUAGUUAUCCCCAGCAGCCCAUCCAUCCGGCCAUGUUCACGAAGUCAAGAAUAUAUAGCGCUCUUCCCGGGCCGACUGCCGAGCCGGGCUGGUUCGACACGGUCACGAAUCCUUGGGAGGGCGAGGUUGAAGGGUGGAGGGUUUUGGGAACUAGCGGACAGAACGUUGAUGAUGUUUUCAAGUAUGUCGAUAGCGACGACCGACUUGGCAUGAUGGAGGCCAUGUGCCGCUGGAGGUGCUCAGCUCCGACGGCACCUGAUACGCUCUGGAGUUACCCUUUCCAGGACGACGACCCCUUUGUUAUGAAUCAAUGCCCGCAUCUUUACUUUGUCGGUAACCAACCCGAGUUUGGGACCAAGACCAUCACUGGACCGGAAGGUCAGCAAGUGCGUCUGAUUACCGUGCCGGCAUUUUCAGCUUCCCGCGAGCUAGUGUUGGUGGAUAAUGAAACUCUGGAGGUUACAAGAGUCAAGAUAUCGGCUACUUGAAGAUGCAAGAGUAAAAAUUACAUAGAUUUGCCGAACCAGGGAGCAGUGAUUAAGGCUAAUGGUCUCCCCUCCGCCACUGUAAGCAUGCCUGAAAUUUUGAUGAAUGAAUAAGGCAACAGUCGUGCACCCUAGACAAAGCUGAAUUAAAGCUUGUGCAGCCAUGCUGG